AUGGCCGCUUUACCAAAAAGAAUAAUUAAAGAAACAGAAAGAUUAGUUAGUGAUCCAGUACCAGGUAUUACAGCUAUUCCAUCCGAAGAAAAUCUUCGAUAUUUUGAAGUUACUAUAGAUGGUCCAAAUUCGUCACCUUAUGCAAAUGGUGUUUUUCAUUUAGAAUUAUAUUUACCAGAUGAUUAUCCAAUGUGUGCACCAAAAGUUCGAUUUUUAACUAAAAUAUAUCAUCCAAAUAUUGAUAAAUUAGGUAGAAUUUGUUUAGAUGUUUUAAAAGAUAACUGGUCACCUGCAUUACAAAUUAGAACAAUAUUAUUAAGUAUUCAAGCUUUAUUAGGAGCACCUAAUCCCGAUGAUCCAUUAGCAAAUGAUGUAGCUGAAGACUGGAAAAAAGAUGAAAAAAAAGCUAUUGAAGUUGCAAAAGAAUGGACUGAGAAAUAUGCAUCUAAAAAAGAAUAUUCGGAGAAUUAA